ACCGUAAAGUUGCGCAUACGAAAAAAAUGCAGUCGUACGCGUUUGCCAGCCUGUGCUACAUGAAAUCAUCGACGAUAUUUCUGUUGCUCGCGAUCACUGCCGCCGAGGCGAGAAAUUGCGGCGAUCCGUAUCACAAGAUCGACCAGGUGAUCGAACGAGUGCCCAAGCCGCCGCCGCCCCAGCAGAAGCCCUGGUCUUCGGGGGACUCAUCGCUGGAGGAUGACGGCGGAAAGGUAUCGAACGAAGUGAACGAUAAACCGGCGCCGCCCCCGCAGCGCGCGGGUCAACGUUCGUCGGGAGGAGGAAAGAAUUCGGCACCGGGCGAGGAUUACAUCAUGAAGGGCGAUCCGCACGCCUUGGACGAGAUCAACAAGCAGAUGGACGAGAUGCGAAAGAUGGACUACGACGACGACGACGACGUCCAUGAGGUAGCGAGACCGGAGACGGUAGUGCAGAAGGAGCCGCAACCACCACCGCCACCCCCAAAACAACAGCAGGAGUGGCAACAACAGCCCCAAAAGCAGCAGCAGCAGCAGCCGCCCCAACAACAGUCCGAAAAGCAGCCGCAACAGCAGCAGUCCUACGUUAUCGGGAUACCGAUCAUAUUGCCGAUGUUCAAUAUGCAAUUUCCGCCGCCGGGCUCGAAGCAGCAGCAGACCGCCAUAAUCAAGAUUGAGUAUGGUCGCUCGAAAAGAGACAGUCUUCAUUCAUUUUGGUAAUGGACUUUUUGUCAAAUUUCUACGAGAUAGCGCAGAAGUAACAUCGCAGGAUCUUACAUUUAGACCAUAUGUUUGUCAUCAAAUGCAUGAGAAAAAUAGCCAAUAAAGAAUUCGAAUGUUAAAACAA